GGCGGGGGCGGUGGAAGGAGGAGGUGGAGGAGGAGCCGCGGCGCUCGCGGCCCCGGGUCCCGCAGCUGGGCUCACUCCUCACAUGGGGCCCCCUCGCUUGCCGCAGCGGUGGGGCAGACCCUCGCCGGGCUGCUGAGCGGCCGGGGGGGUUGGCCGCGGGUGGGGUAUGCGGCCAUGAGAGCCCGCGCCGCCCGCAGGCCCUGCUGGCGCCGCCGCUCAGGAUUGUUGAUGUUUUUAUAAAUUUUGGGGCUAGAUCUUCAGUGGAUAUAAGCUUGUGUUCUUACCAGUUAAGGAAUCGGUCUUGGAACACUCAUAGGUGGAAGCUUACAAACAAAGGUUUUGGUGCUCCAGCUACUGUUAUUCCCAGGCUCCAACAAGAGUAGAGAAGACAGCAAAUUACCUAAGAUGUGAGAAGUCCUCCCUUAUCAAAAUAAAACCUUGUUUUCAAAAUGGACCGAAGUAAGCGGAAUUCAAUAGCAGGAUUUCCACCACGCUUGGAGCGCGCUGAAGACUUUGAUGGUGGCGCUGGAGGAGAAGGGACUGUCUCCCAGAUAGGAAGAGUUUGUACAUCUUCCUACAGAGCCCUGAUAAGUGCCUUUUCCAGACUGACUCGUCUUGAUGACUUCACAUGUGAGAAAAUCGGCUCUGGUUUCUUCUCUGAGGUGUUCAAGGUAAGGCACAGAACUUCAGACCAGGUAAUGGCUUUGAAGAUGAACACACUGAACAGCAACAGAGCAAACAUGCUGAAAGAGGUUCAACUCAUGAAUAGACUCUCACAUCCAAACAUCUUAAGGUUUAUGGGUGUCUGUGUGCAUCAAGGACAGCUGCACGCACUUACUGAGUACAUCAACUGUGGUAACCUGGAACAGCUAUUAGACAGCAACCAGCAUCUGCCCUGGACAGUGAGGGUGAAACUGGCAUAUGACAUUGCUAUGGGAAUCAGUUAUCUUCACUAUAAAGGCAUUUUCCACCGAGACCUUACAUCUAAGAACUGCUUAAUAAAACACGAUGAGAACGGAUACUCAGCAAUAGUGGGAGACUUUGGUUUAGCAGAGAAAAUUCCUGAUCACAGCGAGAAGUUACCAGUGGUGGGUUCACCCUUCUGGAUGGCACCAGAAGUUCUCAGAGAUGAACCUUACAAUGAAAAGGCGGAUGUGUUCUCCUAUGGUAUAAUUCUGUGUGAGAUUAUAGCAAGAAUACAGGCAGAUCCAGACUAUCUCCCUCGCACAGAGAAUUUUGGAUUAGAUUAUGAUGCCUUCCAGCACAUGGUGGGAGACUGUCCCCCUGACUUCCUCCAGCUGGCCUUCAACUGCUGUAAUAUGGAUCCAAAGUUGCGUCCUUCAUUUACUGAUAUUGUCAAAACACUGGAGGAGAUUUUAAAUCGCCUGAGAAAUGAGGACUCGGACAGAGAGAGAAAGUUUUUGAAUCUUGACAACAGUGAAAGAAAACCCAAAGGUUCAAUUGAAAAAGGACCAGGAGUAAAACGUUUGAGUUCCCUGGAUGAUAAGAUCCCACCCAAGUCACCCCGUCCUCGUCGGAAUAUCUGGUUGUCACGCAGCCAGUCGGAUAUCUUCUCCCGCAAGCCUUCCAGGAAGAUAAAUGUGCAGGACCCCUACUAUACACCAAACAAAGGGUUAGGCCGGAAAGUUAAUCCCUUCAGUGCCCGGGAGGACCUCAAGGGGGGGAAGAUCAAAUUCUUUGACAUGCCAAGCAAGUCUGUAAUCUCCCUUGUGUUUGACUUGCAUUCCCCAGAGGCAGGUGGAGGCUUGAAAGCCAGCCAGUCCCAGUUCCGGCAGGCGUAUAGCACAGACUGGCAAGAAUUUUCCCUUCUUCCUGGGAGACGAUGCAGAUCACUUCCACUCUCUCCUGAAUUGCCGCACAAGGAAUAUGGCCUGUUUGGGGGACUGUCUUCAACUGUCAGCAGGUGUGACCCAAUCCAGCUAGGUGCCGAAGUUCGGCAAAAACUCCUGAGUAGCAGUAAAUAUGGUGUGUCAGAGAUUCCCCCCUUUCAAGCCAAGCCUCACAGGCCGGAAUUUCUCCCUGCACCAGGACAAGAGGAGGAUAUGGACUGUUCAGAUGGGCCAGUGGCCCAGGAGGAAAAUGGGUUUUGCCCUGUUGAGAAUACGCAUGGAGAUCCAGCCUGUAACCAACCAUUAGUGCUGGCCCAGCCUGAGCCGCUAUCUUACAAAAAGCUCUCAGUUGAGAAUUCAGUGAACUCUGAGGGACGUGGCUCCUCACAAGUGUUUGUGGGUUGUCUCCCUUCUGAAGAGAUGGAGGUGGAAGAUGACCUACUGAAAAAUACUCCUCUAGAAUCUACAAAGCCUCUGUUCAGCGUUAGCCCUUGCACCGAGCUGGAGAGAGAGGCAUGGCUCUUCAGGGAGCAGGAUGGGGACAGUCCUGCCCCGUUGUCUCAGACCUCCUCCAACAUCUCAGCAAGUGGCAGCACUCAGUCAACCUGUGACAUAUGAAGAGAGGGCUCAAACUGAACGUGUCCUUGAGGGAACAGGUGUUCCCAGUCACUUAAACUCUGUUUUUCUAUAGUGCUGGGCUUCGCGUUUGAAAGAGACUCAGCAGAUGGUAGAAACUGGCUGUCAAACAGAUAGCUGCAGACAGCGUCUGGAGAGACUGAUUAUUUUAACUUUAUUUCAAACUCUGCUUAUUCCCUUCCCUGAUUUGCAUUAGGAGGUGGAACUACUCCAGCCAGAAUGGCCAUGUGGGCCCCACAGUCCUUCCAAGAGGCAGCAGCCAGAGCAGGCACCGCGUAAACAGUUUGACCUGGAUUCCAGCAUGGAGCAUUUCAAGGCCUUAAGCUCCAUGUUGGGUAGAAAGAGUGACCCUUAGUUUUUUCCCCCCCUCUUCCUCUGACUGACCAGCUGCUCUAAACCACUGCAGAUUUUUGCAUUAACGUUCUGCAGCUGCACACCUGAGUCAGAGCCUCUGUUUUAGAAACGGGCACAGAGAUCUCUCAGAGCUAUGUUGAGCAGAUAGGAAUGCUCCCUGGUCCCAGAGCUGCUGUGAAUGCACUUGCAGCAUUAAACAAGCUCUUCUUUCAAAAGCAGCAGAAACAAAACCCCUCACGCUGGUGGCAAUCUGCGGGCUGAAUCACAUGACAAAUACUUUGCGAUUAACAAGAAGAAUCUGUUCCCUGGUGUUUCAUUUUCCCUUGGGAUUUGGUAAUGAUGUAUAAUACAUUAGUGCAGGAAAGCAGGAUGUGGUGAGCGCUGCUCUCCUCCUUGCACAGCUCUUCAUGUACCUCAACCCAAAUGUGGAGGAAGAUUUGCCCAGGGCACAAGAGGAGAGCCAUAUUCCAGGCAUUACCAUUUCUGUGCUUCUGGAGAAACUGCCAGUGAAAAGUAAGAGUUUUACUGAGCUUUUGAGGUGUGUGGGCUCUUAUCUCUGAAGAUCUGAAUGGACACCCUGAUCUGUUUUCGUGGAAUAGUUAAUUGAAUACAAUAUCUAGAUAACAGUUGACUACUGCCGCUAAGCUAGAAGGUUCACAUUCACCUCCCUCUCUGGUACGACAUCUGAUCUCCUUGAUUUUACUGCAGUAACAAUGGCUCCUUACUUAAAACCAGUGUGCUUACAGAGGACAGGAUUCCCCUGCUCAGGGGAAGUUGCCAGCAGCGUUGCAGCCACACAAGUGCUCUUGGAGAGGAUAGACAGUAGACUCACAGAAGGGCUUUGAAUGUCAAACUGAAGAAAAUUAGCUUGUCCCUUAUUAACUUUUUUCUUCUACAGAAAGAAGCUGUUGUCUUCAUUGGCUUCUCCUGUCACUGAACAGGAUGAACUUUUUCUUUUUUUCUUUUUUUUCUUCCCUCGGGUACAUGUGAAAGAAGCAGCGGCAUGAGCUUUAAUGCUGCUUGCUGGAACCAGCAUCAGAGAUCCCCGCUCUGGGAUGUGAUGUACAGGAAAGCUUGUCCUGUGGUGACGUUUGUGCACCAUCCUGCCCUUUUCCACUAUUGUUGUCCCAACGACACGGGAUUUUAAAUUAUUAUUUUUUUUAACCUAUAUUAUCAUUCCUGAGGUAUGCAUUGCAUGCCUGCUAAGCAGAUGGUAAUGCAGUGGAGACCAGAAUUUCACCCAGGUAGCCUGUUACACUGUCUUCCUGCUGUCUUGUAAGGAUGGAAAAUGUAAGCUAGUCUCUGAUGGAAGCAAGACUAUUCCUACUGUGUUCCUAUGUCAAAGAAAGGAUGAGGGAGAAAGCCUUAGUUCUUUCUUGGCUGAGAUGCUUAUCUUUCCAGAGGUGUAGGUCAUUAUUCUGUGAGUUAUGACUUCCUCUUGUGAACUAUGCGUUAACCUGAGCAGCAGUUAUCCCCUUGCAGUGGCUGCGAAGAAUUAAAUGAGAAACCCAGUGUCGCCGAGUGACUUAGCACAGUCCAUGCCAGAUUAGGCAGCUGCUAGCAGUUUGAAAGAGAAAAUGCCUAUCCUUACUGAGAUCACGCCUUUUGGCACACACCUCUCUGCCUCCUGAAGGUGCCGAUCCGUAGAGUAGUCUGUCUUGUGUGUCCUGUCUGCAGAGUGCAGAGCAGCUUGUACAGCUGGCACUGUCUGUGUGAAAUUUCCUUUGAGGACAGGGAAACAGUAGAGCUCAAUUGCCAGCUAGCUGCCUGCCUGGUGCCUGCUUUUUUUUGUAUUUUUUCUCUUUUUCUUUUUCUUUCCUCUUUCUAUCUUUUAUACAAUUGUAAUAUUUUGGGAGGGAAACCAUCAGCACCAGCUUCUGUUGUCACAGGAUGCGUUUAGGUGUGUGACUUCAGACAAACAAGCAAUAAUAAGGAAUAGUUUACUUCUGGAUCACCAGGCUGUGAGGAAGCUGGCCGGCAUCCUCCAACUGCCCGCAGCCUCAUCGGAGAGCACACACGCUGCUCUGUGGCUCGCAUUAGCCCUGGUUGUCAGCGCUGACACCCCUUGUCACGAAGCCUGUUGCCCUCUCCAAAGCCUGUGCAGUCAGGCUUGGGAUACCUCUGUGGCACCCAUUACAGUGACCUGUUUUCUUAACACCACUGUCUCUUAAAACGUUUCCCUGCCCUGAAUAGCUCUCUUACAAAGCAGCAUGGCUAAAAUUUUAUUUUCUUAAACAUCUGCUUUAAGGACAGCCAGCUGACAUGCAUAGGGCACAUCUAUCCACUCUUUGAGCUCUUUGUACUGAGGUGGAGAUGUCAGAAAGAGAAAUGCCAAGGAAGAGCGGCUCAGGCCUUUCCUGGAUUCGUGGUCUGCAUGGGAGAAGAGGCACGUGUAGGAAACUGGAGCAAAAGGCCAUUUUAAAAUAGCUAAGUGCUUGCUAAACCCCAGUGUUUCCAAGGGCCUGGAUGCAGUCGGCACUCGCUACGUCUCAUCCCUUUGGUUGCGUAAAGCUGAAUCUAGCUUGCACCUAGUGAAUACUCCUAGGUUUUCUGCCUACCUGAGGGUGCUUUUCUACUGGGGGCCAUUUUCUGACAGCUACUGACGAACACCUGGUCAGCAGACUCCUUGUUUUAUAGUGAUGUGACAAAGUUUUAUGGUGAUUGGAUUUUAUCAUGAUUUUUGACUUUCUUACGGGAGCAGUUCUUGCUCUUUUAAAACACUUUCUACACAUUGCUAGGUGCCCUGAAGAGAUCAAAGAUAUUUUUAAUUCACUUUAAAUCUUUCUAUGUUGAAUUCAUUUAAAUGUCUGUUAUAAGCUAUUUUUGUUGAGGUUGCAGGUUGAUAAAAUGCAACUUAAGAGAAUGCAUGUGAAUUGCUGCCCCUCAAAAGCAGUGCAGACAAGGGGCUAUAGUAGACUUAAACUUGUUGGAGAGGCAUUGAUGUAUUAUGUAUAACAGAACAUUGGUAUUUUUUGCCAGUACAACUAAAGACACUUGAAUAAUUCCUGUUUGCACUUAAUGCUAUUGUUUAUAUUGCAUGUCACUACAUUUCUAUGCAAAAACAAAUAACCUUUUUUUUUUUUUUUUUGGGAGGAGGGGCAGCCAGAUAUUUGAUUAAGUAUAAAGAUCUUUGCGAGAUGAUCUAUUUUCGUAUUUAUGAAGGAGUUUUACGUCUUAAUAUUUUGCAGUCUGUAAAUAGCUCAACUUGUAAUUAAAGGCUUAGGAAGAAGUUUGUAGCCUGUGUAUAAUAGUAAGUUAACACUGCCAGAAAAAAAAAAAUCUUUGCAAAACAACUUUUCUAAUAUUGUGGAUAUUUAUGAAUAUGUAAAGAAAGCACGUCUUGUUUUUAUGUUGAUUGACCUUCUGACUUUUUUUUUUGAACUAUAGAAAUGGUGUAUGUUUUAUUGGAACUGCAAUAAGAAGUAACCAAAGAUGAAUCCAGUUAAAUAUUUUCGUAAUUUUUUCUUGGUCAGGUUUUGUAAACUUUCCCAACUUGCUUUCAAAAUAAAAAUAAAAUCAA